GUUGCUUCGAUCGAAUCUCUUCUCAUUUCCAACUUCAUGUAGACACCUCGAAAUUGCUUAAUGAUUUUCACAACAAUACAUUUUUAAUAAAGUUAGUAUUCAUUGUAGACUAAAAUAAUGAGUCUGCUGCCGGAACAUUUGUUCACUGCAUUAGUUCUACUGGAAGUUCUACCUAUUAUGUUUGCUCACGUUGAUCCUGUCGAUCUUAAUCAUCUUCCGAGGGAUUGGAAAACUGGCCUUUUACGCUACACUCCGGAUCUAAGUAAGAUGACAGACGACGAAAUAGUGAAGUACAGAAAUAUAAUUCUCAAAAACCCUGGCCAUGAAAAAUAUUGCAAACCCUCUGGCCUCCCCAAUAAUAUCCUAUGGUGGCAUUGGAGAGUACCGAACUGGUGUAGAGUUGAAGCUGAAGGUAGUUUUUGGACUGUAGAGGAAUACGAAGAUUUAUGCUGCGACGGUCACGGCUGGUGUUAUUGCCAUUAUAGAAAUGCUCAUUGCGAAUGUGAAGUGUAAGAUACUAUUGUUACACUAGUUAUUAACUGAUGUUUUUAUCAAUUUAGAAUAUGAUACUUGCUUGACCAGCGUUCUUAAGGUCGUUCAAAUCAAUGAAAAUUUCUCCGUAGAAGUCUAAUCAAGGUAAGAAUAAAAAACAUUUUACGAAAAAUCAAUAUGAAGGUAUUCGUGUGGUUUCUGUAAAAGUUAUUUUACAAAUGUAAUUGUCACAGUUAAUCGCUUAGUGAAAUUGUAAAAGUUCUAUCACGAAAACGUGACGUGACAUCGAGAAGUACUUUACUAGCUUAACAUCUGCUGGAUUUA